UUACUCACAUCUAGAGAGGACAACUGCCCGGCCACCUCAGCCCAGGGUGACCAAGAGCCAGAUUCCUGGGGUGGAGGGACAGUUCCCCUUCUUGAGCGAGUGUUGACGUGACACCCCCAUGACAGGAAGUGCAAGCCACUAGUGGCCACACUCUGACACUCUAUCCAUCCUGCCUGGCCCCAGGCUCCCUCCAUGUGCACAGCCUCCACAGAGGAGGACAAGCCAUGACCCCCACCCUCACAAUUCUGCUCUACCUCGGUGAGAUGGACCAGGGGGACACCCCAGUCUGGGAGGGACCCCACAGCCAGGCCUGCUGGGCCAGGGCCCCAGGACUCAGGGGCUGUGUGGGGGAGGCUUGUGCUCAGGACUCAGGACACCCCUCUCACAGGGACUCUCUUCCAGGGCUGAGUGUGGGGCCUAGGACCUGCGUGCAGGCAGGUGAGUCUGUCCCCGGGCUCCCAGGACCCUCACUGAGGAUAGGGGACACCUGGCCCUGGGGAUGGAGAGGAGCAGAUCUGGGCUGAUGGGAGGGUGGGGGCAUCUGGGUGGAUCCCAGGCUGAGAAAUAGGGUCUGGGGGUGGGACUGUGCUGUGACCCCACCUCUGAUUUCCUUCCAGGAACCCUCCCCAAACCCAUCCUCUGGGCUGAGCCAGGCCCUGUGGUCCCCUGGAGGAGCCCUGUGACUCUCUGGUGUCAGGGGACUCUGGGGGCCCAGGAGUUCCACAUUCAUAAAGAACAAAGUCCAGCACCCUGGGACAGACAGAUCCCACUGGAGUCCGGGGACAAGGCCAAGUUCUCUGUCUCCUACAUGGCAGAUCAGCAAGCAGGAAUAUACAGGUGCCUCUAUCUCAUCUCCUCUGACUGGUCACAGCUCAGUGACCCCCUGGAGCUGGUGGUGGUUUCAGGAUCCUACAGCAAACCCUCCCUGUCAGCCCUGCCGAGCCCUGUGGUGACCCCAGGAGGGACCAUGACCCUCCAGUGUGCCUCAGGGCAGAGAUUUGAGAGGAUGGGUCUGACUCAGCAAGGAGAAGACACGUCCCCCUGGACCCUGGACACACAGCCACACCCCAGUGGGCAGGUCCAGGCCCUGUUCCAUGUGGGCCCUGUGACCCCCAGUCACAGGGGGACAUUCAGAUGCCAUGGCUAUUACCGGAGCAGACCCCAGGUGUGGUCACCCCCCAGUGAGCCCCUGGAGCUCCUGGUCUCAGCACCUGUGACAGUGACAGUGACAGUGCACAGGGAGGGAGAGACGGGGCGGCCAGGGGACGAGGAUGGACCCUCAGUUAAAGAUGGCACAGGACACCAAGGGCCCCCCAUCCCCCACCCUGCUCUGAUCGGCGUCCCGGUGGCCCUCGUGCUGCUGCUCUCUCUCUUCCUUUGCCUCCUCCUCCGAGGCUGGUGUCAGAGGAAGCUCAGCAAAGCGGAGUCAGACCCACGGCCUGAGGAUGGGGCACAGCUGGACCCUCAGGUGAGCCCCUGCUCCCAUCAGAACAAGGACCCUCCUGUGCCCAACCUGAAGGCUGCUGCCUCCACAGCCCCCCAGGAUGUGACCUACGCCCAGCUGACCCUCAGGCAGUGGACAGCACCCCCUUCCUCCCGGUCAGAUGUGCCCCCCAAGGAGCCCAGCCUAGGAGGCAGAGGGGCACAGGACGGGGAGCUCUGCCGGGAGACGGGGCCUGAGGGGCAGGAGGGCCCGGGCUGCUCACAGAGGGAGGAGGAGUCAGCUGCCCAAACAGAGAAGUCCAUGCGGCACAGUGACCUGGGAGCCGAGUAUGCAGACCUGAGCCUGCAGGCAGCAUCCCUGAGUCCCCUCACAACUGGAACCCUCCCCAAACCCACCCUCUGGGCUGAGCCAGGCCCUGUGGUCCCCUGGAGGAGCCCUGUGACUCUCUGGUGUCAGGGGACUCUGGGGGCCCAGGAGUUCCACCUUCAUAAAGAGCAGAGUCCAGCACCCUGGGACAGACAGAUCCCACUGGAGUCCGGGGACAAGGCCAAGUUUCCCAUCACCUACAUGGCAGAGCAGCAAGCAGGAAUAUACAGGUGCCUCUAUCUCAUCUCCUCUGACUGGUCAGAGCUCAGUGACCCCCUGGAGCUGGUGGUGGUUUCAGGAUUCUACAGCAAACCCUCCCUGUCAGCCCUGCCAAGCCCUGUGGUGACCACAGGAGGGACGGUGACCCUCCAGUGUGCCUCAGAGCAGAGAUUUGACAGGAUGGUUCUGACUCAGCAAGGAGAAGACACGUCCCCCUGGACCCUGGACACACAGCCACACCCUGGGCAGGUCCAGGCCCUGUUCCAUGUGGGCCCCAUGAGCCCCAGCCACAGGUGGGCGUUCAGAUGCCAUGGCUAUUACAGGAGCAGACCCCAGGUGUGGUCACCCCCCAGUGAGCCCCUGGAGCUCCUGGUCUCAGGAGCAGCUGAGUCCCCCAGCCCCAUACAAAACAAGCCCAGCUCUGAGAAUGUGGCAGCCCCUCAGCCCCAGGACCACAGGGUGGAGAACCUGAUCCGGAUGGGCGUGGCUGCCCUGGUGCUGCUGGCCCUCUGGGUCCUGCUGUGGGAGGCUUGGCACAGCCAGAGGAGCACCCAGGGUGCCGCCACCAGCAGGAGGGACCCCCGGGGGGCCCAGGUGCCAUCCAGUGUGGAGAAUCCUAGAACACAUGAUCCUUUCAGGACAAGUGUUCCAACACCCUCCCUCUCAGCCCACCCGAGCCCUGUGGUGGAGGCAGGAGUGAAGCUGACCCUCUCCUGCAGCUCAGAGACAGCAUCGGGCACUUUCCACCUUCUGAAGGAGGGAGGCGCUGACCCGCCCCUCCACGUGGAACAGCGACCCUCCCCUGGGAGACCCCAGGUCCUCUUCCACAUGGGCCCCUUGAACACCUCCCAUGGGGGCACCUACAGGUGUUACGGCUCCUCCAGCUCCUACCCCCAGCAGUGGUCAGAGCCCAGCGACCCCCUGCAUCUCGAGGUGUUCCAGGCGCCCUACUUGGUGGCCCACACAGGCCAACUGGUGCUGUUUGGGGAUGGCCUGACCCUGCAGUGUUGCUCCUGGGCCGGCUUUGACACAUUUGCCCUGGCCACAGUGAUGAGCCUCAGGGUCCCAGUAGCUGGAUGGGCAGCACAGCCCUGA